AUGCCAGGACUGUGGAAGAAAGUCCGAUUCUCCAAGACCAACACGGUGGUUUCCCCUCCGACACCAGCACUAACCGCUGGCUCGCUAUCACCAGCGUCAUCCGCAGCGCUUAUCACGCCUCCUGAUUAUCCAGUCCCCCUACCCUCCACUGCGUCUCGCCCGGGCCCAAUGCCCUACUACUACCAACCAUUCUCCUCCUCCACUCCCUCCUCCUCCAAGAAAUCCUCGUCAACUCGGCCUUCCCGGUCGCACACAAUCUCGGCGCCAACAGUCCGCGCACACCGCUACUUGGAGGCGUCGAGUCGGCCUGCGAUCCAUUUCGACCUCCAGGAUCACCCUUCGACGGCGUCGCGGCACCAGCACCACCUCUCCCCCGACGCGCUCGACGAGCCCGCCACCACGCCCCCACUGAAAUCCCUGACGCUCAAGUCGGAGAUCUUGCCAUGGCACAUCCGGAUUCUCCCCUCCCACCGCCGGUCCUACGUGACCGUCGGCGACGUCCUCGACCAGCUCUACAGUACCCUCCGGUCCAAUCUCACGCAGAUGGAUUAUGAUGCGCUGCAUUCGUCUGAGAAGGCGGCUGCGAUUCGGGCGUAUGAGCAGAGGUAUAGACGGUUUAGGAGUCGGAGUGAGUAUUCGAGGGAGAAGGCGGGUGGGAUGAAGAGGGUGGAUUUGUUGAUGGGUCAUACGAGGUUUAUGGGUCUUUCGAGGACCAAGGCGUAUGAUGUGUGGAUUUUGAAUACCGGUUGAAGACUCGAGACUCAAGACUCAGAGCCGGGUUCGAUUUCUGCUGCGGCUUUCCUACUACUACCGAUGUUUCGUCGGUAUGCGUUUGGGUUGGGAUUCCAUUCUCUAUCCUCUAUGCCUUGCAGGGGAUUUCGUUGUGGUACUGCUCUCCGAUGCGAUGCCAGUGCCGCCGACUCCCUGCUCCUUUCCCCUUUCUGAGGGUUGCAUUCUUCUCGGAUCAUGGACGCUUUCUGUGAUCCAUUAUGAUCGUUCUCGCACGGCUUCGUCUCGGUGCUUCGUUUCUUUCAGUACUACUGUACCUCUUCCUUCCGCUUCUGUGUACUGUGGGGCCGAUGAAGCUUUCAUGUUCCGGUCAGAAGUCUGUGGGUCCUCUAGUAGGAACCAUGGGCAAUCGGGACUUCCUUCCUUUCUGCUGUUUUGUUGUUUUGUUUAUCGUUAUUCUUUGUGUUAUUGUGGAUUCGGACGUUUUGGUACAUAAUGUACUUUUAGUUAAUCGUCAUCGAGUCGAUGUAGUUACUAUACCCUCGGGCAUUAGCCUGCCCUUCAGCACGACCCUGCACGAGCGGGCACCUUUUACUUACUUUACUGUACUUAUUCAUCCGAUAUACCCUUUCACGGACUCACGAUGUAA